CAAUGCAUGCAGGCCCUGUGAUGACAGUGACCUACACAUACCGUGUAGCUGAGGCCCGCCUGGGCACUUUCUCACAGCUUCUGCUACAAUGGAAAGGCAGCAUUUACAAGCUCCUCUAUUGUGAGUUAUUAAUCUUCGUAUCACUUUACUUUGGCAUCAGCCUCAUCUACAGGUUAAUUCUGAAUGAGAGUCAAAGGCUGAUGUUUGAAAAAUUAGCCCUUUACUGCAAUAGCUAUGCUGAAUUGAUUCCUGUGUCUUUUGUCUUAGGCUUUUAUGUAACUUUAGUGGUAUCUCGCUGGUGGGGACAGUACGAGAGUAUCCCAUGGCCUGAUCGCAUAAUGAAUCUGGUUUCAAGUGGCGUGGAUGGGAAGGACGAGUAUGGGCGUCUUCUGCGGCGCACACUCAUGCGCUACAUUAAUCUACUGAGUGUGCUGAUCUUGCGCUCAGUCAGCACUGCAGUCUUCAAGCGGUUUCCCAGCAUGGAACAUGUAGUGACAGCAGGCCUGAUGACACCAGAAGAGCACAAGAAGUUUGACAGUUUAAAUUCAGCCCAUAACAAGUUUUGGAUCCCAUGUGUCUGGUUCUCAAACUUGGCAGUGAAGGCACGUAAUGAGGGGCGAAUCCAUGACAGUGUACUCCUUCAAGGCAUCUUGAAUGAAAUGAACACAUUGCGCAGCCAGUGUGGGCGUCUCUAUGGUUACGAUUGGAUUAGUAUUCCCUUGGUCUACACACAGGUUGUGACGGUAGCUGUUUACAGCUUCUUUCUUGCAUGUUUAAUUGGUCGGCAGUUCCUGGAUCCAGCCAAGGGGUAUCCUGGCCAUGAAAUGGACCUCUAUGUGCCCAUUUUCACAUUCUUGCAGUUUUUCUUCUAUGCUGGCUGGCUAAAGGUAGCAGAACAGCUCAUCAAUCCAUUUGGGGAGGAUGAUGAUGACUUUGAAACUAAUUGGCUUAUUGAUAGGAAUCUGCAGGUCUCCCUUAUGGCUGUGGAUGAAAUGCACCAGGACUUACCAGCACUGCAGAAGGAUCCAUAUUGGAAUGAAUCAGACCCCCAGCCACCUUAUACUGCAGCAACAGCAGAAUAUAAAAGGACAUCGUUCCUUGGAUCAACUUUUGACAUCAGCAUGCAGAAAGAAGAAAUGGAAUUCCAACCCCUGGAAAAGAUCAAAGAGAAUGAAGAAGCAAAUCACUCAACACCAUUGCUGGGGCACAUAAGCCGCUUUCUGAAUGUACAAUCCCCCAGCUUUACCAGGUCACCAAGAAUGAGCCUGAUACGUCGGAGGAAUGAAAAUGUCUCUCCUUCUUGUUAUGCUUAUAUGGAUGGGGUUAAGCCUGGGAACCUCCAAAGUAUUAACCAGCUAAGGGGAGACAGCUCCCCAUUAGGCAUUGGUUCUCAAGAUCAAUGGGACACUGCUGACAGUAAACUGAGAGAAUUUGAUGCCUUCACAUCAAGCCCUUUUUAUGAAAGACCUGGAUUCUACAGUGCUCCUCAGACACCCAUCAGCUCAAUCCCAAUGAUCUUGCCAUCCCAGCGUCAAAACCGAAAAAAGCCUCCUGCUCUCUCCAAUAUUGCUGCCUGUCCCACUUUUCCGAAGGACAAUACUACCAGCCAGUCUCCUUGCAAAGCCGGUGAUUUGGAUAGGAGUGAGAACUUGGUUGGCUCAAAAUCAAAGGAGUCUUUUCCAUGGCCAGCUGAAAAAAGUCAUGGUUCAGAUUCAUUAACCAUGUCAGUUAAAGAAGAUACAAAAAACAUAAGUUGGUCAAAAGAAACAUCUCCUCUCGGAAGCCCGGAAGGACCUCUGUCCUCAGGGGACUCUGUAAGUACCAAGUUUCCCUUUGUAGAGUGUACGGGCUCUGAGACACAAACCUGUUUCAAAAGCUUGAAUAACCUGAAAAGCCACCAGCAACUUCCAGAUAACAUAUCUCCAGACCAUUCCAGCUACCUUUAUACUCAUAACAUCAAGACUUCUAAUAGCAAUGGUCCUGCUAGUUUCUUUCCCUUCACCUCUUUGACUCCCCCAGGGCUUGAGCCAUCUCAUUGGAGCAAAGGAAAUGCUGCUGUUGUCCCUAAUGCAGAAGCUUCUCCUGGAGUUACAAAGCAAGAUAGUCCAGCUGCUUCUGAAGUUGCAAACGAUCCAGGAAGUAUUUAUUACACUGAGGAGCAGAGAAAGACCACCAGCUCUUCACCUAAUGACUCGGGCAUCUCCCUAGCAGAAAGAGACUUUGUGGGAUUAAUGGAAGUGAUCAUGGAAAUAAGUGAGAACACAAGUGAUGAAGGGAAGGGAGAGAAGGGACAGUUCAGUUAAGUGGGCUCAGAGUCUUUUCGUGUAGAUGUGAUGGGAGGGAUUGCUUUAUUAACAUCAUUAUUCAACUUUUUAAGGGUAGCAAAAGCCCACACUACAGACUACAAAACAAAUGGAAAUCAACAUUUAGGCUGGGCAGCUUAUUCCAUAAAUGCGCAUGUUAUGUCACUAACAAGCAAGUUAAGGGUCACUCAUGGAAUUUCAGCACCACACAACUAAGGAAAUAACUAAUUUCAGCAGUUACUUUAAUUCAAUGUUUCAUCUUUUGUUUCCUAUUUUAUUUGAAAGUACCAAAGAAUGGGACCUUGCUGCCAAUGUUGCGAAUGCACAUCCCACUUCAGGGAGAGACAAUUUAACUGGGAUAAACCAUAUACCCAGUUUUAUGGUCAUUGUGCAAGGACACAAUGACUUCUUUUCCCCAUCCUCCAAUUACUUACAAAGGGGAUUUAUUUUUCUUGUGAAUAUUACCAGUUCACUUAGCCAAACUACUGUAUGUUUAUUAGAUCCUAGAGGGAUUCUCUUACACAAGAUCAUACUUCAUGUGGAUAUUAUCAGACAAUAAUUACAGAUGAAGAUUUGAUAGUGGCAUGAUAGUGCACUCAAUUCAAAUUGGCAACACCAAUAUGACUCAACUCAUCCAGUCAGUUUACAGCACCAACUUUCCAACCCAAACCCUAACAUUGUUUUAUAGAAAUUAAUGGGGCCUUAAUUAAGGACUUGAUGGCAUGGCCUGUGCUCCAGAUGCCAGAAGAGGAUGCAAAUCUUGGGGGCCUUAUAGUACAAUUCCACCUUGACUGGCUGAGUAAAAAAGAAGUUGAGAUGACAGAGGACAAUAUUAUUUAGUCAUUUUAGCAAACAAGAUGCCAAUUGGAAAAUAUAUUUAUAAAAUAUAUAAAAUAAAUAUAUAAAAUAUAUAGAGAGAUGUAUUGCUAGUUUCAAUACAUUAAAAAUGGGCCAGUGUUUCAACAGUUUGAAAAAUCUUAUUUUACUUGUAUAAGAACUUGAAAAUAAAUGGAGAAGUAGAGAAUUGGAAGCUUCUUCUCUGGUAAAGUUUGAAGGGUUUACAUUGGGCUGUCUAAAUCAGUGGUAAAAUGCAAAACAGUGUGGUUGUCUGGCACAGCUUGUUCAUUUUAAAUACUAACUAGAUAUUACAUUGUAUUCUUUUUCUGGGCAAAGGAUUAGCAAGAAAAAGUCAUUUUUUCAUGCAUGUUUGUUUAUAAUCUAUUGGUAAAAAGCAGGUGACAAUAACACCUGAAACCAACUGAAGAAAAGGUUUCAGUUCCUCCUAACAUAAACUGCAGAGAUAGAAAGCAGACAGUAGUAUCAAACCGAUUGUGCCAUUAAUAGAUAUAAUCAAACUUCUGCUAGGUGAGUGGGAUAGGUGCCAGAAUAACUGCAGUCAAGUAAAUAUAUAAAAUCACUAUCUGGGAUUGGCAGACUGAAGAGAGUUCUCGUUCUCUUUCCCUCUCCCUCCCUUUCUCCCUCCAUCUCAGCUUCAAGUCAGUCUGGAUUCCUGGCAAUGCCUAGGCAGGACCCUAUAGUAUUCCUGGCAACAUUUUCCUAUUUUUCUUGCCUGCCUGUUUUGUGCCCAAGCACUAGAACUCAUGUCUCCUGGUUUCUAGUGGGCUGCCUUAACCAUUACACUAGUGGCUAUGUUUGUCAUGUUAGAAACUUUGAAAGAUGCUUCAUAGUUCUCUAGAGACUCAGUGGAAAUGUCCCCCAAAUUCAAAUCUGUACUUAUCCUUCCUUUUGGUCUCUCCUUUAAUCUUGUGCUCUUCAGAUGUAAUAUACUUCAUUUCCCCUGCCUAUGCUGGCUAGGGAUGCUAAGAAUUAUGGUAGAACAUUACAGAGAUCAUAGUGGAAAGCUGGCCUAGAAGGUUAUGAAAUAAAACAAAUGCAUCUCAGAUUUUAGAAUUUUCAUUGUUUAAUGAAGUCCAAAGGAGAAUAUCUUUCCUAUAGAGCAAGUCUGUUCUGUAAACAAUUUCUUUGCUCUUUAGAUUUCUAUCUCACCGUUCUUCAAGGUCUCAAGAGAAGCUUACAGAAUUGGACAG